CCUUCUUCCACGGCCUCACUCUCUCUCUCUGGCCCUCUAGACCUAGCCCUACUUUAUCUAUCUAGAAUAACUUUUCUGGGUUUUCCAUGGAGGAGACUUAUUCCGGUAACAAAAGAAGCCGGGGGGACGCCGAGGAAUCGCCGGAGGCGAAGCGUCUCCAUGCGGAUCUCAUCUUUGGUAUUCUGGAAGAUGAUGAUAUCGGUAGCGGUGAGCGGGAUCCGGCGAGUCGGGAACUAGAAAUCGUUAUGAAGAGUCUCGAAGAGGAGAUCGGCCUUCCUCCGGCGCCGGAAACGGUGGAUGUUGUGGGGGCGGGUAAGCAGAUGGAGAUGGGGUAUUUGCUUGAGGCAUCAGACGACGAGCUGGGUCUGCCUCCGGCGGGGCAGUCGGAGGAGGAGGAUGAGGCAGAGCCGGCCGAGAGAUUCGGCCAGAUCUGGGAAUUUGAGGAGGAUAGGAUGCCCGGGUGGUUUGAGGGUUUCUCGGAGUUUGGGAAUCUGACAGAGGAGAUAUAUGGUGAGGCGGAGGACGGUGGAGCUGCCUUCGCCGCGUACUAUGAUACUGGGCUCUUUGAUUCGUCGGAUUUCUACUUGCGGCCGGAGUCGCUUCCGGCGAUCUGAAAGAACAGCAACCUGAUCCUUGUUUUUUUUUCUUUAUAAUUUAAUUGACAGAAGAAGAAUUUGUGAAUUUAAAACCAUUGAGGGUCCAUUAAAAAACAGAAGAUAAAUUGCGCAACGGAACUUGAAUGCGUUGCAUGUGUAUAUGAUCUUUUAAUACUGAAAUUUCGU